UAUUUAUAAAAAUAGCACAGAUCAAGAUUGUAUUUGUUGCAAUGACAGUUACAGCAUUUUCCUUUCAUUUUUUGUAAAGGGUGACAUAUCAUAAAAACAUGCAGGGGAGAUUAAAGACAAAAUUUAAAGUUAUUCACGCGAUUAGGCCAAAACUGUCAUUAAUUCCAAAACGAAGAAUUAAAAAAGAGCGGGACUCGAUUCCUCAAAGAUGGUCAAGAAGAAUUAGAUCAUUGCCCCCAAUUCCUUUUAAUGUUUUACCCAUUGGCAGAAAAGUGAAAACUUGUAAUUCUUUGCCUAAUAAGAAUAAUAUUAAAAUUUUCGAGAAAAAAACCAAAUCCACAAUAUGUCGUAUAAAAAAAGAAAAAUUAUAUCACAAACAUAGCAUGUCGUCUGGUGAAGAAGGAGCUUAUGAGAUAGUUAGAAUUGUACCAGUUGUCGUUUAUGUCAAACGCAACGAAACAAAAUUUAAAUCACUCACAGAUGAUCUGGAAAUUGAGGUAAAGAAGAAAAAUACCAGUAAAGCUUCCACAGAUUUCAAGUCUGCAUUACGUGAGAAACUCAAAGAAGAGUGCACUAAUUUAGAAAAGAAAUGGUCUAAAAAACUCAAGAAUCUUCCUUUACUUUGAAAAUAUUUAUAUAAUUCAAUAAACAAUUUAAUAAAA